AUGUCCGGGAACCAUCGGCCCGAGGCAACAUGGGCAGGCGGAUCCACCAAGACGGGGGAAACGGCCCGGGGAGGCCCCGGACGAGCGCAAGCACCCGCCCGGGACCAACCCGGAUCGGCACCCCCACCCCAGCACGCUGCCGACCAAUUAAAGACGUUGGCGUCCGAGACACGAAGCACCGCCCCGCUAUUACACGGAGCAACACCCCGCGCCACGGACGCCAUCCUUGGAUUUUUUAUAGAGAUUUCUGUGACUGCAUCGCUUGGAGAUGAUGUCGAGCAAUGUUUAGUACAUCUCACGAUUGUAUCUAUAAUUUUUAUAUACUUGUUUUUAGCUAAUUAUGCCGGACAAGAAAUUACAGAUCACAACGACAAUGUAUAUUCUACUGCGUACAAUGUUCGGUGGUAUGUCGCACCUUUACAUAUUCAGAAAUUGAUAUUGUUUCUCUUACAAAGGGGCAGCAAAGCUGUCAACUUGAAUCUUGGCGGAAUGUGUGUAAUGUCUCUGGAGCUUUUCGCUACGUUAACAAAGACAUCAAUAUCGUAUUUUACUGUUGUGUAUUCUAUGCAGCAAUAACGCAAAGUAAAUGUAUAUUGUUUGACAGUAUAUUAUUAUUUGCAACAGAGUGGGUGAGUUAAAAAAAACUAAAUUUAGUAUAACAUUGAAAUAACAUUUGUUAAAACGAUCAAGUAAGCCUGAAAGUUGAUAAGUUACAUGUUGGGCAGUUUGUUUUUUGAAUUUGGUGUAACAUCAUACUAGUUGAAGCACACCGCAGCUUAUGUAAUGUAUUUAGUGUUAAUAAAAUAUGCAAAAAAGCUACUUUUUGUUUCAAUGAUUUUGUUGAAAUCGACAGCUUAUCAAUUUUCAUGUUUGACAUAUUCUUCACAAAUGCUAUAUCAAUACUAAAUUUCUCUUUAUUUUAUAAUUCAAUCUUUGUUUAUUAUAAGAAUUAGUUAUUACACCCAGUCCUUUUAGAAACUUUUUAUUAUACAAGAGAAUUUGAAUAAGGCAAGAAAGACAACAAAAAGUUUGCUAUGUAUGCUCUAAGGAUACGUAACACGAGUUGAAUGCACUUUAUAUGACAGAAAUGUGAGUCAGCAUACAAAUAAAACGCUAUAAUAUCUA